AUGAAAAAGAAGUAUCAAGGCACUACAAGAGUGAAGCAAACACAACUUCAAGCCUUGAGAAGGGACUUCGAAACUUUACAGAUGAAGGAAGGUGAAUCUGUCACUAGCUAUUGGGCCAGAACCAUGGAGAUAAGCAACAAGAUGCGAUUUCAUGGCGAGAAGAUGAAUGAUGUCACAAUCGUUGAAAAUAUACUGCGUUCAUUGACACCGAAAUAUGAUUAUGUCGUUUGCUCUAUUGAGGAGUCAAAAGACAUAGAUGCUUUGUCUCUUGAUGAAUUGCAAAGCUCUUUGUUGGUGCAUGAGCAGAAGAUGACCCGAAGUUCAACUUCUGAGGAGCAGGCCCUGAAGGCUUCUACUUUUAUUUCUUCCAAUUCUAGAGGAAGGGGUAGAGGUAGAGGUAGAGGNNNCUAG